CAGUAUUGUAUGUGUAUGUGUGUGUGUGAGAGAGAUACAUAGAAAGGAGGGAGAGCAAUAGAGAUAUAUAGAGAGAGAGACGGGUCCUAUAAGCCGUUCGAAGUUGCAGAGAAGGAAUCUUUAAAGGGUAGGGUUUUGAGCCGUGAAAGGGGAUUAGAUAGAUAGAUAUAUAUUAGGUUUUGAUUUCUCAAUUACCCAUCAUCUUCUUUGCCAGUUUUUGGAACCCAUUCAGAAAAUAUUAUAAAAAAUCUACUGAUUUCCGUAUUGUGAGUUGAUUUUGUUGUCUGAAAAUUGUUGCAUGAGAUAAGAGCACAGGAUUGAUAUAGGUUAUGGACGAGAUCUGGGAAAGGGCUGUGGAGACGGCGCUCGAUGGACAAACGGAUGUUGCUUCUGUUCGUACCUUAACGUUGGACGGGGCUGUAAAGUGCGUUCACGGCCGUCUUCCUCCUCCUUCGAUUCUAGAGAAAUUUCAUGGUUUACAACAUCUUUCCCUUGCAAACAUCGGUUUAGCAUCUCUCGAACAAUUUCCCCGCCUUCAAAAUCUUCAAAAACUAAUCCUAUCUGAUAAUAGAAUCGCUGGCGGGCUAGAGCUUCUUGUUGAAGCUGGACUACAGUCAUUGAGAGAUCUUGAUUUGUCAAAUAAUAGAAUCCAGGAUAUAAAUGAUCUGCAGCCUCUUGCUGAGCUUAAGGUUGUUUCUCUUGACCUAUAUGAGUGUCCAGUUACUCGUGUAAAGGACUAUAGAUCAAGGGUUUUUGGUUUGAUUAAGUCUUUAAAGUAUUUGGAUAAAAUGGAUGCUGAUGAGAAUGAGAGACCUGAAUCUGAUGAUGAGGAAGAGGAUGAUGAUGAAGAAGAUGAUGAUCCGGGAAGUGGUGAAGUAGAUGGAGAGGAACAUCCUUUAACUUUGAAUAAUGGGCAUAGUUCUGGGGCUGAUGGGAUUGUUGAUGUUGAUGAAGAUGAAGAGAGUGAUGCAGAUGAAGAAGAAACUGAGACUGUUAGGGGAGCUGGGCGUUCAAAUCAGGCUCUUACUAAUAAUGUUUCAAACGGAUUUGGAGUGGUAGCUUCUGGGAAUGCAGAGGAAGAUGAGGAUGAUGGGGAUGAUGAAGAAGAUGAUACUUAUUCAAUGGAAGAGAUUGAUGAAGAUGAUGGCGAGGAUGAAGAUGUUGUGGAGGUUCAUGAUGUUGAUGAUAGUGACGAUGAAGAUGGGGUUGAGGAUGAUGAUGAAGAUGAUGAGGAGGAUGAUGAUGAAGAAGAGGUUGAUAACGAUGAAGGGGAUUUGGGGUUGCCGGAGAGUACUGGUAGAUUGACUAGUACUGAGGGAGAGAUAGAUGGGCAUGAGCAGGGUGAGGAAGGUCCUGACGAGGAUGAUGAUGGGGAAACUGGAGAGGAAGAGCAUCUUGCUGUUGAUGGUGUUGAUUUUGAGGAUGAUGAAGAAGAGGAUGAAGAUUAUGGGGAAGGUUACUUGGUUCAACCAGUUAGUCAAGUUGGAGAUGAAGUUGAUGCCAGUGAUAUGGAACCUGGUAAAGAAGAUGACGAUGAUGACGACGAUGAAGAUGGCUUGGAAGAAGAUGUGGAAGAUGAAGAAGGAGAGGAAGACGAUGAUGGCGAAGUUCAGGCUGUAGCACCUUCAUCCUCUCAUCCAAAGAGGAAGAGAGACGAUGAUGAUGAUGAUGACGACGAUGAUGGCGACGAUGAUGAUGAUGAUGAUGUGGAGAACAGUAGAUCUUCGUCAAAGAAAAGAUAGUAGUGUGUGAUGAUGAUCAUGAACAUCCAUGGUGGUGGUUGAUUUCAUGAAGAAGAAGAAAGAAGAAGAGGUUGGUAACAUAAAACUAUUAGUAUUAAUAUUAGUGGAUGGAUGGAUGGAUAGCUUUUAUUUGCUAUGAGCAGCAGUAGUGAAAAAAUGGCGCCAAUUUUUAAGAUGGGAAUGAUGGUAAUGCAUGCCAUCAAUCAUCAUCAUCAUAAUUCAAAAGUUAGUUGGUCCCCUUCUUUGCCUUCCUACCUAUGUAGUAACGUUAACUUUUGUGAUUUCAAAUGGUAGUUUAUUUUGGCGGUUACUCUUCACGGGUCGGGCAUUGGCAAAGAGGUAACUGGUAAGAAGAAGGAAAAAAAACUCCGGAUAUAUGUAAUCUCUCUCUCUCUCUCUCUUUUUUUUUUAUAAAAAAAGGAAAAAGGAAACUCUUGGAUGAUGGUGGUGGUAUUGAAGUUGUUAUUAUUGUUUGUAAAGAACGGUUGUAGAUUACUUUGGGUGAUUCCUGCAACAUUGAAUCAUCCCCUCCUCCCUCCUACUGAACUUGUCAGUAAUUGUGCUUUUUUCUCAUUUGACGCGUGGAUUUUGCUAAAUGAAUCUUUGUUUUUUCGAUGGUUGA